AUGUUACGGAACAGGGCCCUGGCUGUUUUGCAGAAGACUUACGAUGAUAGCUAUUUGAGUUGCUCGACUGCCAUCUAUUACGAAGGCCAGGGAAGCGAGGCUGAAGCAAUGCGACACUGGAGAGCUGCGCUGGAUCAGAUAUACGAUUACAAUGCAAACCGUGCGCCUCCUUCAUACAGUCCACGUACAGAUACAGAGAAGGCGUUACAGGAAGCCCUUAAACAACUUGAACUACAAUGCAAAGAACGAAUAGAUCUUCUCGAGGCUCUCAGAGUAUCACGACAAGAAGAUUUGACGCCGCCAUCAGGCAAAUUGACAAAACGUCCCAGUCUACCUGAGGGAAGGGGCUCUUUAGGACAGGGCACAAUCACUGCCAUGCAAUACUCCGAGCUAUCAAGACCAUCCCUUCCGCAUCGCCCAUCACAGCCCCGUCGUACAUCUUCAGAGCUUGCAAUAGUCGAUGGACCCAGCACACAUCUCGAUCCAAACCUCCCAGCCCUACCGCGAUCUGCUUCACCUGGAGGACCUACCCUGCCUCCCAGACCGAACAAGACAUUGCGAACACCGAGUCCAGAAAAGUACACUAUGCGAACCACUUUGCGCUCUGGGAAACCAGGCGAAAAGUCCACCAAGCCGCGUAAACCAUCCAAGCCUCUCGCCGAAGGGUCGAGCAAGGCGGCUACCUUGGCGUGGAGCGCUUUGGGCUCGAGAGACAGAUUUGUGCGAGGCAGUCAAUCGGAAUCUACUCCAGCUACUGCGAGCCCCAGCUCCCGUACUUCACUUGAACAAACUCGAAGACCAGCACCAACACAAUGGGAUAGUCACUCGCGACGACUUGUUGUGCCUAGAGACCGCGAUUUUGAUGGAGAUGUAUCGGGAAAUUCACGGCACUCUGACGAGUACUACUAUGCUCGCCCAUCAAUGCUAUCAGUGUCUGCUGCUUCCAGCGCUCUUAAUUCCUCCUCAUACCAGGACUUGCCUUCCUCGGACGUCUAUACCACUAGAAAUGAGCGGCCAACAAACUCCUACAACGCAAUCACCUCGCUAUCGCCCCGCAAAGUAUCUAGGCAAGAGGCAACCAAUGAUAUGGAGACUGCUGAUGAUUCUGGGGAGGGGUCAGAGAGGAGAAGUGCUUCCAACAAUCUGCCGACUAGAACCACAGCAUUGAGGCCGCCAGCAAGGUCUCCGAAGCCUUCGAAGGCAAAUACCGAAAUCAGAGAUCGCUCACGACGACGUAGUCGUAAAACCCAACAAGCCUCGGUCUCUAGUACAUCCGAUGAUGAUACAAAUCGGACUGGGCCAAAACCACGCCGUGUUAAAGCAAAGGAAGCUCCCAUUCAAGCUGGUUCGGAAGUUGAAAACUCGGAAGUAUCCGAAUCUGAAAAGAGCCCUGAUGACUUGACCGAAUGGAAUAAUAAAAAGAAGCAAAUACUUAAAAAUUUGACCCCAGGAGUUGACUCGGCGGCCGCCAAACAGAUCCUGAAUGAUAUUGUUAUUCAAGGUGAUGAGGUUCGUUGGAAUGACGUGGCCGGUCUUGAUAUAGCAAAAAAUGCCCUUCGCGAGACUGUCGUAUAUCCAUUCUUGCGGCCUGAUCUUUUCAUGGGUCUUAGAGAACCAGCCAGAGGUAUGUUGCUGUUCGGGCCACCAGGAACAGGAAAGACAAUGCUCGCGAGAGCUGUGGCAACAGAAUCCAAAUCGACCUUUUUCUCAAUUUCUGCUAGCAGUCUGACAAGCAAAUACUUGGGAGAGUCGGAAAAGCUAGUGCGAGCUUUAUUUGGUUUGGCACGAACAUUGGCGCCCAGUAUCAUCUUUGUUGAUGAGAUUGAUUCACUAUUGUCGCAAAGAUCAGGCUCAGGUGAGCAUGAGGCUACCAUGAGAAUCAAGACGGAGUUCCUCAUUCAAUGGAGUGAUCUUCAACGGGCAGCUGCUGGAAGAGAAACGAGUGAGAAGGACAAGGAGAGAGGAGAUGCCAACCGAGUUCUUGUUCUAGCAGCGACAAAUCUCCCUUGGGCUAUUGACGAGGCAGCCAGAAGGCGGUUUGUACGACGACAAUAUAUCCCAUUGCCCGAACCGACUACUCGCGAGACGCAACUCCGGACUUUGCUGGGCCAGCAAAAGCACGACCUGUCAAAUGAGGAUAUCCUUAAAUUGGUGGAAAUGACGGAUGGCUUUUCAGGCUCGGAUAUCACAGCAUUAGCUAAGGACGCGGCCAUGGGACCGUUGCGAUCUCUCGGAGAAGCAUUAUUACAUAUGACAAUGGAUGAGAUUCGACCAAUCCAGUUGCUUGAUUUUGAAGCAAGUUUAACAACAAUCAGACCCAGUGUCAGCAAAACUGGCUUGAAGGAAUAUGAGGAUUGGGCGCAAGAGUUUGGCGAACGCGGUGGAUAG